AAGGCUAAUUCCUGGCACGGCAUAGCUCCAGAGCCACACACGGCCAGGACGCGCGGCGCUGAGCCAUGGGGAACUUGCAGGGGGGCCUUUCCGCACCCCACAUUCGUGUGCGUGGCGGCAACCUGUGCUCUCGGCAGCGGGCGUCGACAUCAGAAGAAGGUGACUCCACCAACAAGAGCAGCUGCCCAGCUGACCUCCCCAUCGAGGCCCCCAAAUACUCUCGGAUCAAGAACUGGCAGACGGGCAGCAUCCUGUACGACACCCUCAGUGCUCAAGCUGUGCAGGACGUGCCGUGCAGCGUGAAGCGCUGCAUGGGCUCCAUCAUGUUCCCCAAGCAGCUGUGUGCAGCUUCUGAAGGCCCCCGCCCCAAGGAGGUGCUGCUCCCCUUGGCCCAGGACUUCAUCAACCUGUACUACAGCUCCAUGAAGCGCUUGGACUCCCAGGCCCAUGUGCAACGCCUUCAGGAAGUGGAGCGCCGGAUUGCAGAGACUGGGACCUACCAGCUGCUGGAGGCUGAGCUGAUCUUUGGAGCCAAGCACGCCUGGCGCAAUGCGGCACGCUGCCUGGGCCGAAUCCAGUGGAACAAGCUGCAGGUGUUCGAUGCGCGAGACUGCACAAGCACCCAGGAAAUGUUCACGUCUGUGUGCACCCACAUCAAUUAUGCAACCAACCGCGGCAACCUCCGGUCAGCCAUCACCAUCUUCCCGAACCGGAUUGCAGGCCGCGGCGACUUCCGCAUCUGGAACCAACAGCUGAUCCGCUAUGCUGGCUACAAGCAGGCGGACGGCACCAUCCUGGGUGACCCGGCCAACGUAGAUAUCACAGAGGUCUGUAUUCAGUACGGCUGGCAGCCCCCUUAUGGGCGCUUCGACGUGCUCCCCCUGCUGCUGCAGGCCCCUGAUGAGGACCCCGAAGUUUUCCCCCUGCCCCCGGAACUGGUCCUGGAGGUGCCCAUCAGCCACCCCACGCUGAAAUGCUUUGAGGAGUUGAAGCUGCGCUGGUAUGCACUGCCCGCAGUUUCUGGCUUGAUGCUGGAGAUUGGGGGGCUGGAGUUCCCAGCGGCCCCCUUUAGUGGCUGGUACGUGGGCUGUGAGAUCGGCAUGAGGAACUUCUGCGACACCCACCGCUACAACUUGCUGCAGGAGGUGGCCGAGCGCAUGGGCCUGGAUACCAAGACUACCUUGUCCCUCUGGAAGGACAAGGCGGCGGUGGAGAUCAACCUGGCUGUCCUGCACAGUUUCCAGCUUGCCAAAGUGACCAUUGUGGACCACCACGCUGUGUCGGAGUCCUUCAUAAAGCACCUGGAGAACGAGCAGCGGAUGCGAGGAGGCUGCCCGGCCGACUGGGUCUGGCUCGUGCCCCCCAUCUCCGGCAGCCUCUCGCCCACCUUCCACCAGGAGUUAGUGAACUACCAGCUCUCCCCUUGCUUCCGGUACCAGAAUGACCCAUGGAAAUCCUACAUUCCCAAAGGCACCACAAUCACCCGAAAGAAGACCUUCAAGGAGAUUGCAAAUGCGGUCAAGAUUUCGGCCAAGCUGAUGGGCCAUGUGAUGGCGCGGCGUGUCAAGGCCACGAUCCUGUAUGCCUCCGAGACUGGGAAAUCCCGGUCUUAUGCCUUGAACUUGAACCAGCUCUUGAAGUGUGCCUUUGCGCCCAAGGUGAUGUGCAUGGAUGAGUACGAUGUGGUCUCCCUGGAGCACGAGACCUUUGUCCUGGUAGUGACGAGCACAUUUGGCAAUGGAGACCCCCCUGAGAAUGGAGAGACCUUUGCCAAGGCCCUGAUGGAGAUGUCGUGUCCUUAUCUAGGGGCCACCGAGCCAGAGCUACAAAAGAGCUACAAGAUGCGCUUCAACAGUAUCUCACAAUCUGACCCCUUCGUGGCUACAUGGAGGAAGAAGCGCAGAGAGUCCAGCAACACGGACAGCGCUGGAGCCCUGGGGACGCUUCGGUUCUCCGUCUUUGGCCUGGGCUCCCGGGCCUACCCGCACUUUUGCGCCUUCGCCCACGCCGUGGACACGCGCCUGGAGGAGCUGGGCGGCGAGCGGAUCCUCCCCAUGGGUGAGGGGGACGAGCUCUGCGGCCAGGAGGAGUCGUUCCGCACCUGGGCCAAGAGUGUCUUCAAGGCUGCCUGCAUCACUUUCUGCGUGGAGUCCCCGCCGGAGGCCGCCGCCGCCGAUGUCUUCAGCAGCCGCUGCAGCUGGAAGCGCAGCAGGCACCGCCUGGCCGCCUCCUCUGGCACCUUUGACCUGCUGGCAGGUUUGACCCGCGUGCACAAGCGGAAGGUGGUUCCGUGCCACAUCCUCUCUGUCAAGAACCUGCAGAGCCCAGAAUCCAGCCGGGCCACCAUCCUUGUCCAGCUGCAGACGGGCGAUCAGCCGGAGCUGCUGUACCAGCCGGGUGACCACGUGGGCAUCUUCCCCGCCAACAGGAGGGAGCUGGUGGAGGCGCUGCUGGAGCGCGUGGAGGACCCCCCGCCUGCUGGGGAGUCGGUUGCCGUGGAGACCCUGGAGAGCGGGGCAGACGGCACGAAACGCUUGUGGGUCCCCGUUCACCGCUUGCCCCCCUGCACGCUGCGCCAGGCCCUCACCUUCUUCCUGGACAUCACGACGCCCCCCAGCCCCCAGCUGCUUCAGCUCCUGGCCACGCUGGCGGAAGACCCCGCCCACAAGGAGAAGCUGCACCGACUCAGCCAGGAUUCCCUUCUGUACGAGGAGUGGAAGUGGUUCCGCUGCCCCACGACGGUGGAGGUGCUGGAGGAAUUCCCCUCGGUGCCCUUGCCUGCCUCCUUCCUCCUCACCCAGCUGCCCUUGCUCCAGGCCCGCUACUACUCCAUCAGCUCCUCCCCGGAUGCCCACCCGGGGCAGAUGCACCUGACGGUCGCCGUGCUCAACUACCACAGCCAGGAUGGGAAGGGCCCCCUGCACUACGGCGUCUGUUCAGCCUGGCUUUCCCAGCUGUCGCCAGGAGAGAUGGUGCCUGCGUUUGUGCGAGGCGCCCCGACCUUCCAGCUGCCGCAGGACCCCACGGCCCCCUGCAUCUUGGUGGGGCCCGGCACCGGCAUUGCCCCCUUCCGCAGCUUUUGGCAACAACGUGCGCAUGACAUGGAGGCCAAAGGCCUCCCUCUCAGCGAGAUGGCGCUGGUCUUCGGCUGCCGCAGCUCCCGCCACGACCACAUCUACAAGGAGGAGAUCCAGGAGGCCCAGGAGAAGGGGGCCCUGAGCCACGUCCUCACCGGCUUCUCCCGCGACCCGGAUUACACCAAGACCUACGUCCAGGACUUGCUGAGGAUGCAACUGGCAGCCUACGUCUUCGAGGCCCUGUGCCGGCGGGAGGGACACAUGUACGUGUGUGGCGAUGUCACCAUGGCGACUGGAGUCCUGCAGACGGUCCAGCAAAUCUUGGCCAAAGAAGGGAAGAUGACCCUGGCCGAGGCCGGAGACACCAUCACCGAACUGCGGGACCAGAAUCGCUACCAUGAGGACAUCUUUGGCCUGACGUUCCGCACGCAAGAGGUGGCGUCUCGCAUCCGCAGCCAGUCGUUCUCCCAGCAAAAGAGGAAGAGCAACCUGCUGAUCUCGGACUCCUGA